UGGACACUCCCUUCCCGCCUUCCUCCUCCCCCCUCCCGCCACAGUCCUGCAGCUGCGGAUCCGCCGACGGAAUCAGGACCCGACCUCCGGACCUGCCCCGCCCUCGGCCCCAGGCCCUCUCCUCUUCAGCCCCGGGGUCCUGCUCCCUGAACCAGAAUUUUGUCCUUGGAGGUCCCCCAAGAAGGCAUCUCCCGGCGUCUCCGAAGGCUGCCCUGAGCCCCAGCCUAGGGGCAGCUUGACCUGCGACCAGCACAUGCCCCCAGAGCCCAGACAAGUGGCCAGGGCGGACCCCCAGGCCCAGAGGCCGGCCCUGUGUCCCCCUGGACCACCUCUGUGGGAAGGCACAAGCUCACAGCCGCCACAUCCUAGGAUGAAGCCGGCUCCCCUCCCUCCCUCCCCACCGGGGGUCCCCAACCCCUCGCCCCCUCCACACAAGCUGGAACUUCAGACCCUCAAACUGGAGGAGCUGACGGUCUCAGAGCUCCGGCAGCAGCUGCGCCUGCGGGGCCUCCCGGUGUCCGGGACCAAGUCGAUGCUCCUGGAGCGCAUGCGCGGUGGCGCCCCGCCCCGCGAGCGGCCAAGACGCCGGCGCGAGGACAGCCCCGCGGGUGCCCCCUGGCCACGCCUGAGGCCCAAGGCGCUGGGAACCGCCCGGCGGCAGGGCCCGCCUCUCGCGCGUGCAGCGGACGCCCUGGUGGCGGCCCCGGCCCCGGCUGCGGCUCCGGCCCUGACCCCUUCCUCAGCCCCGGCCUCGGCGGCGCUGACUCUGGAGGAGGAGCUGCAGGAAGCCAUCCGGAGGGCCCAGUUGCUUCCGAACCGGGGCGUCGAGGACCUCCUGGAGGAUCGGGUGCAGCCUGACGACCCGUUGCCCCCCAUCCCCCUGGACUUCCCCGGCUCUUUCGACGUGCUGUCCCCCUCCUCCGACUCCGAAGGCCUCUCCUCCGUCUUCUCGUCCUCGCUCCCGUCCCCCGCCAACUCCCCGUCCCCCUCGCCCAGGGGCCCCACGGACUCCUUGGACUGGCUGGAGGCCCUGAGUGGGGGUCCUCCGCUGGGCUCUGGGCCCCCAGCCCCCAGCAUCUUCGCUGCUGACGGCUAUGACUCCAGUGGCACCCGGCUGUGGGACCUGCUGGAAGAUCCGUGGUGAUGGAUCCCGGGGCUCCAGGGACCCAGAGGCCACAGAGACCAGCUGAGGGAUGGGCUGAAAGAUGAGAGACCGCCCCCGCCCCGCCUGGCCCCGCCGGCUCGGCUCCCACCGCCUCCCCCUGCGGCUGCAUCAGUGGGGGGGGGGGGUGUUCAUUGGCUGCUGCCCACGGCAAACAUGCUUGCUGCUCCCUCCCGAGACUUCCUGGAUGUUUUUGUCCCGGCUCCCGACCCUAGCCGGCUGUCGUCCGGGGAAUCUGGAUGGUAGGUGGACUUCCUGGCACAAUGGCUGGAGCUCGGGUUGCCCACAUGGGGGCCCAAGCACUUGGUCCGUCUUCUGCUUUUCCAGGCACGUUGUGUGGAGCAGCCGGGACUCGAACCACUGCCCGUAUGGCUGAACCCACUGUGCCACAAACCAGCCCCUACUGUGGCUUCUGUGGCCCAGGGGGAGCAGUGGCUUGAGUUUCAGUGGGCUGUGGGACCUAGAGCCUGUCCUCAUAGUGCUUGGCCCUAGGGUAACAAGCCCGGGGGACAGUGGCCCAGGGUGCGAGCUGGGUGAGGCAGCUGGCGGGCGUGGGGCCUGAUGGGGCUGCAGGGGAAGGGGGUGCCUGCAGGAGAGGCCCUUACAGUCAUGGAGUUGGUAGCCCCGCGAGGGGCAGUCCCUCGGGUCAGGCCAGCAGGACAAAGAGAAACACAUUGUAAUUGCAUCAGGGCUACAGAAGCCGGGGCGAAUCGGAGGGGACGCGGUGGACCGGUAGUGACGGCUCGGGACCUGGGGCCAGUGACUGCCGAGGCUUGCUCUUGGUUCCCCCAGCCUGUGCCUGUUCAGGGAGGAGGGGCCUGUCCCACGGACUUGACCUGGCCUGGGGCGUGUGCCAGUAGCCAGCAGUCACCGCUGUCACAGCCGCUGGCCAAGUCCAGGGCCUCCCCGGUGGGCACGCAGGUGCACCUUGGAGAGCCGAGGGAGCAGGUGUUUAGCCUCAAAGAUAAGGCGCCUGGUCUCGCCCUGCAGCGCCUGGGGUCUAUUCCUAGCUCCGGCUCCUGACCCCAGACCCUGGGCGGCAGCCAUGAUGCCUCACGGUAGGAGGGUCCCUGCUGCCCAUGUGGGAGCCCUGGCUGGAGCUCCUGAUUAUGGGCCUUUGAGGAGUGAGAGGGGGCGGCGCGGGGGGGCUCUCCCUCUCUAGGGAAGUAACUAGCAGGGAAGGGAAGAGUGCAGGCGUGGGCGGUCCUGGGCGACUUCCGAGCCAGCAGGUAGGAUUUGUGAGGUCACUGGAGGGCCGGAGCUGCCCCGUGUCACGGAGGCGGGUGGACGGGGUCCUGGUCGGGUCUGCCGGGGUCCUACCCCUGUGUCCUCGGAGCUCUGGGGCCCUGAGACUUGC